AAAUCUGACAAACGCUAAAACUCCAGCUAAUUGCUCUGUAGCUCGAUAACUUUUAACACUGACAGACAUGACAUGGCCGCAGCAAACUCAAAGUCUGUUCUGAGCGAGUGCCAGCUGAAAUUCUCCCUGCCACAAAUAUGUAAGGCCUUACUGACAGCCUCAUGCCUGUCAUGUCCCAGUGACCCCAUACAGUUUCUGAAAAACGCCUUCCAGGGACACGGCAGCCUUCAGGAUGUUGACUGGCUCAAGUUUGUUGCUGAUGGAAAACAGCUCACUACAACAUUUCAAACACAUCAGCCUGUGGACACCAUCUACAUGGAUAAAGAUGACAUCGUGCAGUCCUUUUGUUUGUUCGAGAAGGCCUACUACUGUUACAGGAAACACUUAACAAGCUCUUGCUUCAGGAAGUGGAAGAGGUUCACCAUGCAGAGUAAGAGAGGCACCGUAGAGCUGGCUCUGAAGAUGGAUCUGACAAAAAAGCAUUUUGAAACAAAAUUGCAGAGGGUUGCACUCGUCAGAUGGUCAAACUGGGUGGAAAUGCAAAAGAAGGCAAAGGCUGCUGCCAUUGAGAAGCUUGAAGGAAUUCUAAAGGCUGGCCGUCUUAAGCGCAUCAUAACUGCAUGGCAUAUUGUUGCCAAGGACUCAAAGAGGACAAAAGAGUACUUUAAGAGGUCGGAACUGGGCUUAUUUGAAAUUGGCAACAAAGUCCUCCAGACUGGGGAAUCCGACAGACUGUCAGCGCUCCCAAGUAGCCUCUUGCUGAAGAUCUUCAAGUAUUUAGAUUUCCGAGAUUGGCUAAACUGUGCUGAGGUGUGUUGUUCAUGGAGAGCUGUCAUCCAGUCAGGCCCAUUAUGGAGUCAGAUCAACGUCUCAGUGGAGAAAGACUGGAUAACAGAUGGCACAAUGAAGCAAAUUUUGCAGAACUAUCGCCCGUUUGUGAUCCAUCUCAACCUGCGUGGCUGCACAUCACUAAAUCUGCCCAGCUUGAAAUAUAUCAGUGAAUGUAGGAACCUCCAGGAUCUCAAUGUGUCGGAGUGUUUCAAUGUUACAGAUCUGAUGCUUCAGAGGAUUGUCGAGGGCUGUCCCUGCCUGCUCUACUUGAACCUCUCUUGCACACUUAUAACAAACAAAACUCUAAGAGAACUGUCCAGGAACUGCCUCAACCUUCAGUUCCUGAGUCUGGCCUACUGCUACAGAUUCACAGAUGAAGGAUGUAUGUACCUGGCCACGGGGAAGGGCUGCUGCAAUCUCCUCCACCUCAACCUGUCCGGGUGCACUCAGAUGACAGUAAAUGGGUUCAGGUACAUUUCUGAAGGAUGUCCUUCACUCAAAGAGAUUGUGAUCGAUGACAUGCCAACGCUGUCGGAUAGCUGUGUUUCAGCACUAAUUGCCAGAUGUCGCUGCCUGUCUGACAUUUCUCUCCUGGAUGCUGCCCAUCUUUCCGACGUGGCCAUCAAAGCCAUCGCUGAAGUGGCCAAACUGAAAAGUUUUAGCACAGAGGGUAACAGCCAACUAACAGACAUCAGCUGGGCGGCCCUGUGCAGCAGCUCACCAGGACUCCAUAGACUCCACGCUGCAGAGUGCCCCAGAAUGACCGACGCCGGCCUCAAAUCUGUGGCCACCCUCAAGAACCUGCAACACCUGGACAUCUCGCUUUGUGAAAAAGUGAGUGACAUGGGGAUCCAGUGCUUGACUAAAGGUUCCUCAUCCAGCAAACUGAGAGAGCUGAAUGUCAGUCACUGCAGCCACAUCACUGACAUAUCUGUCCUAAGCAUUGCACAAAGGUUGCGUAAACUGUACCAUCUCGACUUAAGUUAUUGUGAGAGGCUGACAGACAUGAGUCUGGAGUGGCUGAGUGGCAGCUCUAUCUCCUCUCUUGACAUCAGCGGUUGCAACAUCCAGGAUCAGGGGCUGGCGGCUCUCGAGAGAGUUCACUUGAAGAAGUUAGUUCUGGCAGAGUGUGCCCACGUCACAGAUAUUGGCAUAGAGAAGUUGUGCAAGACUGUGAGAGAUCUUGAACAUGUUGACGUUUCUCACUGUGGAGCUCUGUCAGACCCGGCCGUCAGAGCCCUGUCUUUUUACUGCAGAGGUCUGGUCACACUGCGGAUGUCAGGAUGUCCCAAGAUGACAGAUAUGGCCAUACAUUACCUGACAAGUGGAGCUCAGUACCUGCGAGAACUUGAUGUGAGUGGCUGCGUUCUCCUCACGGAUCGCACUCUUCGACACUUGGAGAGGAUCUGCCCUCCACUCUGUUCCAUCACGAUGGCCUACUGCAUUGGCAUUUCCAAGGUGGCCGCCCUAAAGCUUAAACCACGUGUGGCGUGCUGGGAGCACAGCAAUGACGACCCUCCGUACUGGUUCGGGUACAACAUGGGCCAAAUGGUGCAUCCCAUCACAAGAACCUUCAAGACUGAUGACACAUGUGAAGUGAUGGAGAGGCCCACAGUGACGACAAGAGCAGCAAGUACAUAGAGGAUAUAAACAGAUCUUAUUUAACGAUUAACCUCACACAAUCACAGCAAGCAUCAUUUUUGGGACAUCAUUUCAGAACACAUUUAGAACAUCUUCAUUGGACUAUUUUGAUUCAGACACCUGAGAUCAUCCUCACAAGAAUUAAUCACAUUGUUUUCUGUACUCCACCUGCCUGAAUAGAGGCUCACAUAUAACACUGUUUCUGAUACAAUGCUUUACGUAAUAUUUCAUCAGCUCCUGACAGCAGUAUGUCUUGUGUCAUUGACCCUGCUAGACUCCAGCGGAUCAGUAUCUCUAUGUUAGCUAGUUGCAUAAACAUUUCUGAUGUCAAGUCAGAAUUUUUGCGCAACAGUUUUCCUCUGGGUCAUUUUUGGAUCCUCCGUUUAUAGUAAUAAAAUUGUUUCCUCACUGUUGUAUAAUGUUUCACUUGUACAAAUACAACACAAUUAUAUGAUCCUGAUAAUUAUUAUAUUAUCAGGAGUGACAGCGAUAACACAAAAGCACUUUGUGAGUGCAGAGGUCAGCCUGGUUUCUUUAGGAUUAAUCGUAACAAACUGAAGCUAGUUAGUAGAGACUGUGACCAUCAUUUCUGUCAAUUUAAUGAACAAAAAUUAUAUUUUGAUACACAUGGAAGUAAAAAGCUUGUUAGAAUUGAUUGUAAAUGUUUCUAAAUUUCUAUAUUUUGUGAUUAAUAUUGGUUUGUAAAUGCAGUGUCUCUAAUAAUUUAUGCUCUUCUAAAUUAAAAGUGUUUAUUUACAA